AUGGACAAUAUUUUGUUUGAUUGUGCCAACGACAUCGAACCCUUCAAGUGCAAAAAGUGCCCAAAUUUUCAAACCCACUGCCUACUAUAUCUCCAACAACACAAACGCCACCACCAUAAAAUAACAGAAGAAGACACCAAAAAGUGUGAAAAGUGUAUUUUCGAAACUCACUCGAAAUAUUUAUUGCUGCGACACAGUUUCUACGGCCACUGUGCUUCGUACAACGUAAAUCAGUUUAACUGGUUCCGAUGUGACUAUUGCCCAUCCAAAUUCAAGACCAAAAGAUACUUACAAAAACACCUCCACUACCGCCACUCCAACCCCGACGAAAUCCAGUGGCAUCACUGUGACCACUGCACGUCAAAAUUCAAGCACAAAAGCUACUUAAAAAUCCACUUUAAAGCCAAACACCAGGAUAAAACCCAUCAGUGUUUCCAGUGUGACCAAUGCCCAUCCAAAUUCCAGUCAAAACCCGCAUUACGCAAACACGUUUCACUAAAACACUCCCCCGAAGACGAAAUCCGCCGAUUCAAGUGCCCGCACUGCGAAUCCACGUUCAAAUGGAACUCCGACUUGAAAAACCACGUGAUAAUAAAGCACUUACCCGAAGAUAAAAUUCAGUGGCAUCAAUGUGCCCAAUGCCCGGCCAAAUUCAAACAAAACUUCCUGCUCAAAACCCACAUGAGAAGUCGACAUUUACCGGAAGCCAACAUUCGUUGGCUCACCUGUGACCACUGCACCGCAAAAUUCAAACGAAACUUCGACCUCAAAAACCACAUCGUCGCGCGACAUUUACCCGACGAUAAAAUUCAGUGGUUCCAAUGUGACCACUGCACGUCAAAAUUCAAACGAAAAUUCGCACUCAAAAAUCACGUAGCGGCGAUCCACAGUGACGGUGAAACUCAGUGGUUUCAGUGUAAAGAGUGUGACGCUAAAUUCAAGUGGAAAACCAGCUUGAGAAUCCACGCCGCUAAACAUUUACCCAGCGAUAAUAUUCACUGGUUUCAAUGUGACCACUGCGCGUCUCGAUUCAACCAGAAAUACUUAUUACAGAGACACGUGACCGCUAGACAUUCACCGAGCGACAAUAUUCAAUGGCUCGAAUGCGCCCAAUGCGCGUCUAAAUUCAAAGAGGAGAGGUAUUUAAAACAGCACGUGAAACUGGUGCAUUUAUCGGGCGACGAAAUUCAGUGGUUUCAGUGUGAGCAGUGCGCGUCCAGGUUUAAGCAGAAGUCGCUGCUGCGGAAGCACGUGGAAGCGCUGCACUUGCCGGAGGAUGAAAUUCGAUGGUUUAAAUGUGAGCAGUGCGCGGCGAAAUUCAAGCGGAAGUGUCGGUUGAGGGAUCACGUGAUCGCGAGACAUUUGGGGGAGGGAGAAAUCGAGUGGUUUGAGUGUUACGAGUGUGGGGGGAGGUUCAAGCUGAAGAAGUUGUUGCAGAGGCAUAUUUUUGUAAAACAUUUUGUGAAUAGGGGAUAA